GCGACACGGCGGACCUGAUCUUCGUGUUCUUUGAUCCUAUCGGCCAGGCGCUGUGUAAACGCACCCUUAACCUGGUGGAGACGCUCAACGAGAAACACGCGGACCGCAUGCGCUUCUACCUCAGCAAGGCCGACGAGGCUGGACACGAGAGUGACCGACAGGGCCCACUGAGCACAGCGUGGCGGAGUGUACCGAAGGCCUACACACAGUACGUGAUUGGUGGUAUACUGGCGCUCGCUCUACUCAUGUUGUUGGUGGCAAAGUUCUCCUCUAGAACCGCGGCCACCAUGUCCAGGAAGCAGAAACGUAAGCUGGGUGAGAUCAGCAACUACGUGCAGGAGACGGUCAAGAGCAAGAAGCAAUCUCUGUACCAGGAGUACUUGCAGCAGAGCGUGGCAGAACAGGACCUCUGACUCUGACUCCUGUAGCGGGCGGCUGAUUGGUGCGUUGGACUUGCUGUAGUGGACGGCUGAUUGGUGCGUCUGGCCUUUUGUUGCAGUCAGCUGAUUGGUGCGUCCAGCCCUCAGUAGCUGUCAGCUGACGAUUGUGCCGGACCUCCCAUCAGCCCCGCGACCUAUGAGCUCUGUACUGUCUACGCCAUUUGCUCACUGUUAUCAAUCAUCAUCGUUGUUGUUGCUGUUGUCAUCGUCUUUGUUUUAUCAUCUCGCCGCGGAGAUGUGGGUCCCAUCACAUGCACAGUGAGGGAACUUGCCAUCUGGUCAUCUGUGUGUCUGUUUGUUGACGAGUGUUUGCGCGGGUGGUGAGAAGAAUGGUCGCACGUCGCGCGCGCCAAAUGUCGCUCCAGAUACUUAAAGUUUAUUUUAAAGUGGAAUGUUUCUCUCUAGACCACAGGUGUCAAACUCGAGGCAGUGGGUGGUUGGCGGGUGUUCUGAUGUGGUUUGCUUUUACUCCCCUACUAUCAAACUUCUGUCGUCCUCGUCUUUCUUCCUACUUCUUUUCUUUGUGUCUUUACUCUCUUGCAACACUUCUAAUUUUCGGCUCUCAUACGACGAGCUAUUUGUGUGUUGCAAGUGUCUUAAACUUUUACAAAACAUAACUCAAGGUCUGCGAAUAAUUAUGUGUGACCCGAGAUAGCGAUAGAAUUUUAGAGAGUCCCAUCUUGAGGAAAACAGCAUAACACAGAAUUUUGCAUUUUUCUCCUAAAUGUGCCAGGAUCUGGACAAUAAAGAUGUAUCUUUUCUUAUCUAAAAAAACCAAACAUGUUGCCAGGAAGAGAUGUUAAACCGCCAGCUCUGACAAAAAUUUGGAAAAAUGCAAACCUGUGAAAAAAAUUGCUAUCCCUUGAGUUAUUUUUUUACCUUUGUCUGUUUUAAUUAAUUUUAUAUCGUUGCUUUUUACAGAAUGUGUGGCUGUGCACUGCUCAGUGAAUGGUUCUCCAGUUCAGCCCACGAACUUAAGUGUGUAAUUUAUUCGAGUUUGACACCUCUGCUCUAGAUUGUUGUAGUUUGUUAACUGUUUGAGAUGAACGAACUCCCCCCGCCCCCACCCCACCUCCAUGUUGUGUAAGUUUCUUAGAAUUUUUGUACCAGUAUUUAUAGAGAUGUUCAUGGCUGCAAGGAAUGAUGUUGGUUAGGAUUAUAUUUAUGAGAAUGGAGAUACUUUACUUUACUAUACUUUACUUUUCUGAUCUAGCGGCCAUUUGGGUUCUAGCCAUUCGGCCUGUCGGUAUGGCAAAUAAUUUACAGGUUUGAGAAUGGAGAUAGAUGAAUAAAAGUGUGAAGUGUUGAAAUUAAACAGUAGGUAGGUAAAUAUGGAGUUUACAGCAUGUCAGUUCGUCAGUGGUUUUAGUCAAACAUCGACUCAAUCCAGACAUCAGCGAGAUUGAGAGUCAGGGGGUCAAAAACUGGCUUCUGUGGUGUAGUGGUUAGGAGCUUUGCCAUCAUACAAAGGAGACCAGAGUUCAAUUCCCAUCUGGGGAAAAUUUUUAUGCAGGGUUCACACCAAGCAGGAAAUUUUUUUUCCCAAGAGUUUUCAAGACCAGAUUUCUUUUUUUCCAUUCAAAUAACGUGUCAUUUUGGAAGAAAAUUUUUCGUUCAGCAUGCAAAAAUACAUUAUGGUACUGUUCAGAAUGCGUAAAGUCGAGGCCUUCGAAACUUCAAGGAAAUAUUUGUAUAAUAGGUCUAGUUAAAAAUUCGUUUUUCCAAGAAUUUUGCCAAUUUCCCAAAAUUCCAAGAGUUUUCCAGUUUUUUAAGAUGCGUACGAACCUUGUUUAUCGAGUAUCUUGGUCUGUCUGCUCCAUCAAUGUGAGAUCCCUCUCGGCCCGGGUUGACCCUGACAGGCAGAGUCGAAUCAUCGUAUCCGGAGAACUAUCUGAUUUGUGUCGAUGAGGUCGUAAAAAUGUCUACAUUGAAUUUUUUUUACAAAUGUUUCACCAGUACCAUUUUGCAGUAAGAAUGUUAGACAGCUUCUAGUCCCGUGUCUAGACAAUUUUGACGUACGUGUGAGACUCGCAAAUCCAAAUCCAAAGAGAAUUUCUAUUGCUCAUGAUACCUUUGAACGAACCAGUAAUAUAAUUAAUGAUCGUAGCGUCCUGUCCAUUGUUUCAUGUUCAACUACUCAGUGCCUGUAAUAAACAUUGACCAAACAGUGGAUCGUCUC